CCUCCUGCUAGGGUCACUAAGAGAGAAUGGUCGGCAUCGCGCACCAUACCGGCUCUACCAGCUACAAGUCUAAUGCCAGCGACGAGACCCUCCUGAACGACGAGGAGCAGCCCUUCCUCCACGAGGACUUCGACGACGCCUUCAAGCUCGAGGACAGGGCCAGGCCGACCAGGAGUCAUGGCGUCACUCCCCUCCCCAUGGCCCAGCUCGCCACCCUCUGCGUCGUUAGGCUGGUCGAUCCCAUAAUGUUCACACAGAUCUUCCCAUACGUCAAUGAGAUGAUCGACCACCUCCACUUGACAGAGGACCCCUCAAAGACCGGGCUAUACAGUGGCAUAGUGGAAAGUAGCUUCGCCAUCGCUCAGCUCCUCACCAUCUACCAAUGGGCGCGGCUGUCCGACAAAAUAGGGCGUAAGCCCGUGAUCCUCAUUGGUAUCUCAGGUAUAGCCGCGGGCACACUCAUGAUGGGCCUCUCAAACACUUUCUGGGGCGUCAUCUUUGCGCGAAGUCUAGCUGGUUUCUUCUCUGGGAACUCCGCAGUCGUGCAGUCGGUCAUUGGAGAGAUAACAGACCACACUAACCAAGCUGUUGCGUUCCCGAUAUACGGGUUAUGCUGGCCCCUUGGCGCUAUCAUUGGCCCUCUCCUUGGUGGAACCUUCUCAAACCCAGCAACCAAAUGGCCGGGACUCUUUGACACGGAGUUGUUCAGGAACUUCCCGUACCUGCUGCCGUCCCUGCUGGCAGCUUCUAUUGCGUUCUGCGGUGCUGUCUUUGGGUUUUUUGCUCUGGAAGAGACCCUUCCAAGCAAGCGUCGAAGACGUGCCGACUCGUUGCCGUCGUCUCCAAUUGAUGGCUACCAGGAAAAACUGCAGCAGCCUGCCAGCAUAGGAUCGCUUUUUGCCAACCCGCUCAUCCGUGCGCUAUGCCUAAGCGGCGGUGCACUAUCCUUCACCAACACCGCGUUCGACGUCAUUUUCGUUCUCUACUGCUACACGCCAGUCAACACCGGCGGCAUCGCCUUCACCGCGGCGGAAAUCGGCUUGGCCCUCGCCUCUUCGGGCCUGAUCGCGGCCGGGCUCCAGGUCUUCUUCAUGCCGUACCUUCUCCGACGGUUCGACCACGCCAAGAUGUACAACACCUGCGUCGCGAUCUUCCCAUGGGUUUUCUCGCUCCUACCGCUCCUCAACCUCAUCGCACGCCGCGGCGUCAUCGUCGGCGAGGACGGCGCCGAGAGCGUGACGCCCGCCACAAAGGCGCUGCUCUGGGUCGGCAUCGGCAUCCUGCUCGCUCUGGCACGGAGCGCAGCAUUAGCCUUCUCCGUGAACAUGAUCCUCAUCAAGCACAGCGCGCCCGACCCCGCCUCGUUGGGCGUGACGAACGGCCUCAUCUUGUUUGCCAUGUGCGGCGCGCGUGCGUUUGGCCCCGCGUUCGCCUCCUCGCUCUUCGCGUUCAGCGUCGGCUCCAGCUGGUGGCCGGCGCGCUACGUCUGGGUCGUCAUCAUGGUCGUGCUCGCGACGCUCGCCACGACGCUGUCCCGCAGGAUCGCGGACGGCAUGAAGGCCGUCGCGAUCCAGCAACAUCAACGACCAUCUUGAGGUGCACGCCGGUACAUGUUCCUCUCCUUCGGGGGUUUUGCUGCAUUGCUAUACAGGUCUGGCUGCAGAGUUAAACAUAGGCUAUACAUGUAGAUUCCUCACACGCCGAUUCCCUCAAAACAUCUUGCGCUUUGGUAGAUACCUAGAUGCAUGUGUUAUAGCUUGUAUUUCAGUAAGCGAUGCACCUUGUAACAAAUUUCUUUUUAAAAUCACUCGUCC